CAACACACACCACAACUUUCAAACCUUUAGAAAAAAAGGUCUAGAGGAGAGUUUGGCCAGCGAUCUAGCUUGAAUAGUUAUCAGAGGAUAAUAGCAAUAUCUUCAGCUUUCUUUAAUAAAAUAGAUUUUGAAAAACAAGGUUUUCUUGCUGGAAUGAAUAUAUCUGAGUCUAGUUAUCGUAGAGAGGAGAAUUCUCAGCCCAGGGGCGACUGUUCAUGGGUCGGAGCCCACAGCCCAGGCUGUGAUCCCGGGCUUGGGUUCGACCAGACACUAGUGGGAGAUCCAGGUUCUGUUGCUGCCGCUGAGGGCCAGACGGCCAGCCCUGAGUGCGGGUUUGGAUUAGGUACGGCUCCAGGAAGCUUGGAGGGGAAAUCCGGAGAAGAAUCCAGGAUUCGGCGGCCCAUGAAUGCCUUCAUGGUCUGGGCUAAAGACGAAAGGAAACGUCUGGCUCUGCAAAACCCUGAUCUGCACAAUGCAGUCCUGAGCAAAAUGUUAGGGCAGUCCUGGAAAGCUCUGAGUUUGAUUGAAAAACGUCCCUUUGUGGAAGAAGCAGAGAGGCUGCGAGUCCAGCAUCUCCAAGAUCACCCCAAUUACAAAUACCGCCCAAGGAGAAAGAAGCAAGCCAAGAAAAUCAAAAGGAUGGAGCCAAACCUCCUUCUCCACAGCCUUUCCCGGACUUGCGGUGGUGAAAACUACACUAUGAAUCACCACAAUGGGAGCCACCACCAACUGCCUCUGCUUACCCACUUCAGAGACCUUCACCCUAUGGGCUCUGAGCUUGAGAGCUACGGGCUGCCAACCCCUGAGAUGUCUCCUUUGGACGUGCUGGAGGAGAGUGACCCAGUCUUCUUCCCACCCCACAUGCAUGAAGACUUGAACCUGGUGCCCUGGAUUAACUACCACAACCACAACCACCACCAACACCACCACCACCCACAACACCACUCCCAGAAAUCAUCAGAGUGCCGUCAAGAGAAGGCACACAUUAUGAGAGCUGAAAAGACGCACAUCUCCUUCUCCCCGAGCCCUGAUGUCAUGAAGAACCCUCACACUCGCAGUGUCUACUACAACCAGCCCAGUUUCUCAGGCCAUCUUGGCCAGCUCUCUCCUCCACCAGAGGCUCACCAAGUGGACAAUGUGGAGCACUCAGAGUUCUGGACAGAAAUGGACCGCAAUGAGUUUGACCAGUACCUCAACAUGAGCAGGACUCGUCUUGAUGGCCCUGGACAGACGUACAGCGUCUCUUUAUCCAAGGUGACUCCUAGACACAUAUCUUGCGAGGAGAGCCCUUUGAUAAAUGCUUUGUCAGAUGCCAGCAAUGCUGUGUACUACAGCACUUGCAUCACAGGCUAAAUUGCAAUGUGGGGUUAGUCACAAAAAAAAUAUUUGGUCUAUAAUGUAUGUCAUAUAGUAAACAUAAAUCAAAAGAUAACUGGAUAAAAAAAAAAAUAGAUUCGCUCUUACUAAAAAGAAACAAAUGUAAACGUUUUAACGAAAAGUUUCUAUCAAUGUUUUUAUAAUAUUUUUACAUUAUAAGAGACAUUGUCCAUUAUGAUUGAUUGUUUAAAAUUAUGAAUACAUAUUUUUUCUGAUUUAUUGAUUUCCCAUUUAGAUCAUUUAAAGAUACAAUGUUGAAUACAGACGCCUGACCAAAUAUUUUUCCGACUAACUAUAAACAUGGGUUUCAAGUGAAAACACUUAAUAUACUCUAGUAUUGCUACAUGUCCUAUAGUAUGCAUAAUUUAUAUCAAAUCUGUGAUGUCAUUUGGACAGUACUAUAACAUUUUUUUUUUUUUUUUUAUCAUAUGCACUGGUUCUCAGAUAUCAAUUGUUUUAUAUAUAAUGACAAUUUAAAAAUCUAAACAAAUCGUGCAAUCAUUACACUUUGAUUAAGAUGUGAUUCUAACUUGUGUGUUUUGCUGACAUUAUGAUCAGAUUUACCAGAUGUGGUAAGUAUCAUGGGCCUCAAACCUCAGAAUGAAAUGAAAAUGCUAACUAGCUGUUUAAGCCCAAAUGAAAUAAACUCUUAAGUAGAACGGUCUGCCAUCCAGGGAUAAGUGAUUGUUGCGUGUCUGUGAAGAGAUACAUGUGGUGCUGGAGUGUAGCACUAAGGUUUUACAGGACUGGUUUAGAACUGAAUGUGCAUUGUAGUUUUAUGUCUCUGUUUUAUAUUGGAUUAUACAAAACAAAAAGUGUGUGUGUGUGUGUGUGUGUGUGUGUGUGUGUGUGUGUGUGUGUGUGUGUGUG